AUGCUGCGUUGUAGUCUGUUGUUUGCGGCUGUGUUGACUGUAUGCUACGGCCAGGGCUUCGAUGCCGAUCUUGCCGUCAAUGAGCCAGCAAUGGGGCGAUUUGGCGAGAAUAUUGGCAGGGAUUUUGGUAAUGGAGGCUUCGGAGAAGCCGGCCAAUCAAUAGGCCUGGUGGACGGUAAACAAUCUACUUUUUUGUUGGUUCAUUUCUGAGCCCGAAAAAUAAUGAAAAAUAAAAUUUUCAAAAAAAAAAUAUAAUCACAGUUUUGUAGAGGAGAAAAAGCUGUAUCAAACAAAUAUAUUCCCUUUGCCAAAGAGCAAACAAUCCUUGUAAAAAAAACAAUGAAAGAAACGAACGAAUUUCUGGACGACCUAAUAAUUGAUGGGCGAUUCCAAGGCGCAAUGAAUACACAUUCUUUUCCCGACAGACUUAUAGGUCAAUUUCAGCUGAUCACUCGCUUGGCCCUAUGGAUUUCCAGCCUGACUUUGCUGUCCAUGAUUUUACGGGCUUUCCAGCAGAGCCUUCAAUGAACUCCAUAGACAGCUCAGCUGGAAAUUCCAUGGGUUUCCCUUCCCAGAAUCCGAAGGAUUUCUCCUCAAGCUCCAUGAAUAACAUGAACCUCGAGCUUGAAGGAUCCUUCCCAAACGCUGAGAUUUCCUUUCCUAAAUCGGUUUUUGAUGACAUUGACAUCUUCAAUAUCAGUCAGCCAAAUGAGUGGAUCGCCGGUUUGGACAAGAUCGAUGAGGAAGUCAAGCGAACACUUGAACUGGCCGCACAGGAGAGGGAAAAGUUUGACAAAGGCAUGAAGGAGGAGUACAAUGAGUUCUUCAAGUUUAUUGGGAGGUAAGUUCAUAACUCUGUACAACGAAUCGCAAGGGAGCAAAAAAUACAUCUUUAUUGGAGUAUUUUGUUGUUCAAGUUGACCUGCAACAGUAGGGAAUUUCUUUAGUCGCAUAAAACGGACCAUUUUGCAUCCGGGAAGUAUCAAAAAUGUGGCAAAAUGCUUCCCUCUCCAAGUGAAAACAAACUUGGUUUUGAAGGGUCCUCACAAAAAGAGCGGGCGCGCUUUUGAAAUCUGAGUUUUUUCACGUGGAGAGGGAGGUAUUUUGCCACGUUUUUUGAUACUUCCUGGAUGCAAAAUAGUACGUUCUUUGCCACUGGAUCAGGCCCCCUUUUUUUAGGCUAUACCGCGAAAACUUUUUGCGGAUAUCUCUGAGCUCUUCGUAGCUAUCCCAAAAGUUUUGGCUGUAUUUAAAACUCGGAGUUGUGAGUUCGAAGAAUAUCCGGAAGAAUUUUUUCUCGCCUCGGCGGAGGAACCAUUUUUUGGCGGAGAAAUUUAAUGUCUUUUUUUUGAAACUGCACCUUGUUACAAAGCCCGGACGCUUUGCUACGGACGAAAUUAAGAUUGUUUAAUCUAAUAUGAUGACAUCUGUUAGUCUCGGUAGCUUAAAAAAUGCUUCAAACAUUCGCAAAAGCUUUACGAACGGACUAAUUAUCUAUUAAUAUAUGUAUAUAUAUAAUAUAUAUAAAAAACAAAUUUUUUUGCUUUUUCAGGCAUACUAUUUCAGUUUUAAAAACCGUUAUUCAUACAAUUUUUCAGAUACCAAAAGACCUACGAGGACCCAGAAGCCAUUUUCGACCGAUUUGAGAACAUCCGCAACGCUAUGGACCAAAUAAAAACCGAAAAUGAGGAAUUGGGAGAGCAAGUGUUUGGGUUGACCCCGCUAUCCGAUCUGAGUGAUGACGAAUUUAUUCACGACUACACUGGGCUGUUCCAACACAAACAGCCUCUAAAUAUUUCGUUGGCGAGCGAAGAUGACCUUACAAUUGUAGUGCCUCAAAGUAAUCAUGGGACGGCUAACGAAACAGCCCGUAAAGGGAAAAAGCAGUGAGUUUAUAGGUUAUUUAAAACAGCGUGAGUUUUCAGCAGACAUGGCAGGGUUCGGGCUUCGAAAAUUUCGAAAAGGGCCUGGAAAAUCCGGGGAAAUCUUACGGCUACCCGCUUCAGAAAAAAAAAAAAUUUUGUCUUGAAACGAAAAAUUGAAAUGCCAAUUUUGGGUUCUUGGCAUUAUGCAACAAGACGAAUUUAGACUUUUAUCAAGUUUUGAGACUAAUUAAAGCACGGACACCGUAAUGCGGAACAUCUUCAAUUUGAUAGCUCACACAAAGCCAUGAAACGCAAUGCCAAAGUAUUGCCAAGAUGGCGGGAAAACUUCGAAAUUCCAAAAGCCCGGCCCUCUAGCCAUGCUUGGGUUUCAGACAAGCGGCAACAAGAACUCGGCCAAGUGCCCAAGUCCCAAAGCAAUUUGACUACAGGAAGAAGGGCGCUGUUGGGCCGGUCGCUCAUCAAAGAGGAUGCGGGGCGUGCUACGCCUUCGCUGUUGCGGCUCAAGUGGAGGGUGAGCCAGCCAACAUCUUAACAAUUUUGUCGGGAAAAUAAUGUGGAUUUCGCACAUAAGUCUGCCUCGUCGCAGUCGCGCACAAAAUCGCUAGCCGUCGCAAGGCGACAGGGUGCUCAUUAUUUUCCCGACGGAUUAAUAUUAGUCUGCUGGGAAGAUAAUGUGGAUUCGUCACACCUUGGAAUUUUCUACAGUGGCGAACCCGAUCCAGCGGCAAAAAACGUACCAUUUUGCAUCCGGGAAGUAUGAAAAAUGUGGCAAAAUACCUCCCUCUCCAAGUGAAAAAACUUCGUUUUGAAGAGCACGCCCUUUUCCUCACAAAAAUAGCGGGCGUGCUUUUGAAAUCGGAGUUUUUUUUUCACUUGGAGAGGGAGGUAUUUUGCCACAUUUUUGAUACUUCCUGGAUGCAAAACGGCACGUUUUUUUACCACGGGAUCAGGUCCGUAACUGUAGAAAAUUCCAAAGUGCGACGAGUCCACAUUAUUUUCCCGACAGAGUGAUAAUUCCAGGCGCUGUGGCGGCAAAAACUGGAAAAGUUGUGCCGUUAAGUCCGCAAGAACUCAUCUCCUGCACCACGAACGGCAAUGACGGAUGCAACGGCGGCUACUUGGACUUGGCCUUGAAAUAUGUGAAAGAAAAGGGGCUUUCGGCCGCGAAAUCGUCGCCAUUCGUCUCUUCGCGGGGCCAAAUUCCUCAAUGCCAAGUGGGCCGGAAAGUGGGGAAAAUCAAAAAUUACAAACAAAUCCCAAAGAGACGCGAGGACUUGAUGCAAAGGUUUCUCUACAACCAGGGACCGUUGAGUGUUAGUAAGUCGAUUUUUCAGUUGUCUACGCUCGCAAAACCCCCCUUGUUUUAGCCAUUGACGCUCGCCAACUCCGCCAUUACAAGCAUGGGGUUCUUCGGCCGAGGAAACCCGCCGGCGGCUGGCAAAUCAAUCAUGCCGUCACGAUCGUCGGCUACGGCGAGGAAAAGGUGCCGUUUUGGAUUGUGAAGAACUCGUGGGGCACAGAAUGGGGAGAAAACGGGUUCUUCCGACUACUCAGAGGGCAGAAUUCAUUGGCCAUCGGGCAGGAGAGCUACGUGGCGUUUGUUUGA